AAUAAAUAAAUAAAAUUUUAUAGCAUAGUGCUUCAAGAAAGUAGCCAUUACGCCGGACUAUUUUGACGCUUUGGCCCCCAACGACUUUUCAUCCCACUCUUCGCUCGGAGGGAACAGAAGUCUUACUCGCUCCGUCUCUCCACUCCAUGGCUACCUCAGGUUCCUCCUCCGCCUCCUCCUCCUCCUCCUCUCCUAUGACGUCCUCGGUAAGCGUGAACGAGGUCGUGAGCGGGUCCCACCUGUUCAAGAUCACCGGCUACUCCCUUACCAAGGGGAUCGGCGUCGGCGAGCCCAUCGCCUCCGCCGUCUUCACCGUCGGCGGCUACGACUGGGCCAUCGAGUACUACCCCGACGGCUGCAAGGCCGACGACGCCGACUACAUCUCCUUUUUUCUCGCCCUCCAAAGCUACCACACCGACGUCCAGAUCUACUGGGCGAUCAAAUUGCUCGACCCCGCGGAGAUGCCGCCGUCCGCAGUCCCGGUGGGCGGAAGCUUGUACACAUUCGACUCAAGCGGCAGAAACUGGGGCUACGGGCGCUUCUUCAAGAGAGCCGAGUUGGAGGAAUCGCGUUAUCUGAAAGACGAUUGCUUCGCAGUUAUGUGCACCAUUCACAUCAAGAUGUCGCGGGUCGAGCGGGUGCCUUAUGCUCACCCGUCGGCCGCGGCGGCGGCGCCGCCGAUCGAGUUGCACGACCACCUCGGCCGGCUCUUGGAGAGGGGAGAGGGGGCCGACGUAACCUUCGAAGUCGGCGGGGAGACUUUCGCCGCCCACCGCUGCGUGCUCGCCGCCCGCUCCCCUGUUUUCAGUGCUCAAUUUUUCGGCCCCUUGAGCGAAAAGAGCACGCAGUGCGUAAAGAUCGAAGAUAUGGAAGCUGCGGCUUUUAGGGCUUUGCUUCACUUCAUAUACCGGGACUCGUUGCCGGAGGAUGGUGAGGAGCCUAAGAAGGCUUCGACUGCAAUGGCGCAGCAUUUGCUCGCGGCCGCAGACCGGUAUGGGUUGGAGAGGCUGAAGCUAAUAUGUGAAGAUAGGUUAUGCAAUAGCAUCGAUGCCGACACGGCGGCUACCAGUUUGGCCUUGGCGGAGCAGCACGGCUGUCUCCGGCUUAAGAAAGUGUGCCUUGAAUUUGCAGUCGUGCCGGAAAAUCUGAUAAGUAUGGUGCUAACUGAAGGGUUUGAGCAUCUGAGGAUGAGUUGUCCCUCGGUUUUGGAGGAUCUCAGAAUGAAGACGACCCGGCACUCUGCAGCAGCUGUGCUGUCAGCAGGAAGCAGCGGCAGGAAACCGGCGGUGGCUAGAACAAGCAACCAGCAGCAGUGGCAGCAGGAAAACAAGUAGUAGCAGCGAAAACAACAGCAGUGUCAGCAAGUACAUCAAAUUAAACUAUAUGCAUGUGUUUUCUUUACUUUUUGAUGGUUAUUUUGGGGUUUUUUAAUAUAUAACAUCAAAUUAAAUUAACUUUAGUAAAUGUGCGCCUCGCCUUCUUGAGGUGCCCGCCUUGCAGUGCGCCUCUCCGCGCCUCGCGUCUAUGCAAACACUGAUUGUUACACAAGUAUAUAUUUGUUGUGGCAAGAUAAGGAUAAAAGUAGAAUUAGUGAGGAUGGAGGUAUUGUAAACAAUGGAAGUAUUUUUAUGGUGUAUAAUUUGUUAGCAAUGUAACCCACAAGAUUACAGAGAAA